UAUCAGUUCGUCAGAGGGGAGGUGGUAGAACUAGGUCAAAGGUCAAAGGCAAGACAAUGACUGGGUCAGUGACACCUGAGACCAUCCGCAAUCAUCCAGCUGAGGCAUCUACUAGUCAAAAUCAAGGUAGAAAAAGGAAGGUUGCUGUAUCCUCUGGUGGCGAGAAAAGGGCGAAAAUAGGCGAACGCUUCGGCCCAACUCCACCGUCUCUCCUGGACUUCUUGAAGAAAGUCCUUAGAGAAUACACAGAUGGACAAAUAAUGAAGGAAAUCGUCCAGAAUGCCGAGGACGCUGGUGCCAAGACGGUUCGAUUUCUGUACGACUGCCGCGAACACGGAACGAGUCGCCUUCUUUCCCCUACUCUCGCCCCUUAUCAAGGCCGGGCUCUGUACGCUUAUAACGACGCUCUCUUCAAGGAGCGAGACUGGGCUGGGAUCCAGUCACCAGCUCGAAGCAACAAGGAAGAUAACCCGCUGAAAGUUGGACGAUUCGGCAUCGGAUUUAGCUCCGUCUACCACCUCACCGAUUUGCCAAGCAUCCUCAGCGGAGAAACGCUUGCUUUCAUUGAUCCUCAUGAGCGUCACUUCGGACGUGGAGAAACAGGAAUCAAAGUGAAUGUGAUCCAGCAUGCCCAUAUCUUAAAUUCACCAGAAUUUGUGGAUCAAUUUACUCCGUACAACAACCUGUUCCCUGGAAUGAAUUACGCCAUCAGUGGUGGUCAACCCUUUCAUGGAACGGUGUUUCGAUUCCCUGUACGGCAAGAGGGCAGCGAACUCUGUGAAAAUGAGUACGAUGACGCCGCUAUGGUACGGCUCCUGGAAUCCUUCGUCGACGAUGCUGACGUCGUACUGCUGUUUCUUCGAUCACUGGAGACAAUCGACAUCAGCAGAAGGAUAGGUCGGGCUCAAACUCAGAUCAGAUCCAGAGUAGAGAUAUGCCCCAAAUCUCUUGCGUUGAUGAAGUCCGAACGAGAGAGCUUCUCCCAUGCACUAGAAGGAAACAGUAAGAUGAGAAUCGGACAAAGAACGCGAGCCUGUUUGACUCAUCAGCUAACAUUGACGAUGCAGGUCGCAGAGUCCAAACGUCGUAUGGAUUGGAUCGUAAGUCAGGUUGUGGGAGGCAGUGAGAUGACUGACGAUGUAGUGAGUAUCAUUGACAAGAGCGGAUACAUACCUUGGGUCGGUGUGGCCAUGCCUUACAACAUGCCGCAUAAAAGACGAGACGAUUUCAGCGGUCGAGUGUUCUGUUUCCUCCCUUUGCCUCCCGGUGAUGAGAGCUUGACAGGACUUCCAGUUCAUAUCCACGGUUUCUUCGGUGUUAACAGCGACAGAAGAUCAAUCAAGUGGCCGGGUGCUGACCGGGUGCAAGGGGAUAUCGAUGCGAAAUGGAACCGCUUACUGGUGACACAACUCCUACCAGAUGCAUACAUGAACAUGCUGAAUUUUGCCAUCAAAGAGCAGAGGUUGCCUCCCGAUGAAAUCUACAGAGCUUGGCCAGUCCCAGAUCAGGUCAGACCACAGUGGGAACUGCUUCUUAAACCAAUUUACCAAUUGCUGAGCAAACAUACAGUCAUCUACACAACGAAGGGCAAUGAGAUGGGUUCAUGGGUAAAAAUCCAGGAUGCUGUCUUCAACUUCUUGACUGAUGUAGACGAGAACACAGAACGGAUCCUCUUGACUGUCCUCAAAGCGGCUAAUGUCCCUGUAGCUGAAGUACCUCAACACAUCAAGAAAAUCAUCCAAAGCAAAGACUACAUCAACUUCAACGCCAAAGUGAUUUCACCUGAAGUCAUCAUCGAUUGCAUUCACAAGAGCCAACAUGGAGUCUUGGAUACCCUGAGCAGCGAUAACAAACUGGUGUUACUAGAGUACAUCAUGACCAGGACGAAGACCCCUCAACUGAUCGGUUUAAGGCUUCUGCCUUUAGCCAACGGCGACUUUGUGCCAUUCGCCACAAGAUCUGCCUCAACGCGGACUGUCUUCAUACCCACCAGGGAACUUGACCAGAGCAUGUGCUACAACAUGGGUAACAGUCUCAUCCUGCCAAACCUUAACGCGGACUUGCUUAAACUCCUGAAAAAAGCUGCUGAACAUGGGUCUGUCCAGUUGCAAAUGAUGUCGGAUAAAAGUCUAGCACAGUUAAUUCGGGACGCCCUUCCAAAAGAAUGGUUCGUGAGAGACCACGGAAGUACUGUACUCUGGCAUCCUGGUAAAGGCAACCAACCUCCACGCGAAUGGCUAAAAGGUAUUUGGAACCUACUGAAUACAUGUAAACGUAACUCAAUUGAGAAUUAUGUAGACCUUCCACUAAUACAGGUUGAAGAGCGAAAAUCUGGUAAAGUAGUCCUUGCUUUCCUUAAACAAAAUUCAACAUGCAUCAGUCAGAGUUAUGGCUCAGACAAGUUUGAUCGUCAAGAGGAGGUGGUUCUUACCAAGCUUAGCCUCCUCGUCUGUUCUUGUCCUACAUUCAUAGACACUGCUCUGCUCAUAGGUGGCAGUUACCUCAGAAGUCCGUCGAGGAAGGGUGUAAUUGGAGCACUGACAGCAGUACCAGAUCCAAAAGCGCUACAGAACACUAUCAAGAGUCUUUCCAAGAAGGAGAGACAAGUAUUGGUAAGAUUCUUCACCAGCUGUUCUCUCACCGAUGCAGAAAGAAAUUUCCUUCGUCAAAUUCCCCUCUUCGAUACCAUUCCAAGAACUCCAUCAGGCCGAGGUAGAGUUGUGUCUGCAGGUGACGUCAGUCUUGCUUUUUGUCGGACUUCUACAGACCGAUUGCCGAAGCAUCACCUUCCGGAGUAUGAUAUGAUUUGCUGCAAUGACGACGCCAUUCUGAAACUCUUUUCAGAUUUAGAGAUGAUUGAGAAACAAAGGAAGGAGUUGUUGAAAGACAUUGUCGAUGCUAUUUGCAGUGGUGUCAGUGACAAGACCGUUCUUGAGGAUGUAGGAAUGUGGUUAUUGCGUGAUUUGAAAUCUUUCAAACAAGAUAUUGGCGACCAUCUGUUAAAGCUUAAGUCACAACGAUUCAUCCUUACCGGUGCGGGUGAGCUCAAGUCCCCUGACAGUCUCUUUGACCCAGAAGACCGGUACAUGCCUGUGCUCUUCAGCAAAGGUUCCUUUCCAUAUGCGAGAUAUGUAGAUGAAGGGCUCUUGGGAUCAUUACGAGAGCUUGGUUUUCGUCAUCAAAGUAAUGUCACAGCAAUUGAAUUAGCUAGGUCAGUUGACGAGAUAACCAGCGUCAAGAAAGCAGAUGUCUUGAUGACAUUCUUGGGAAAAUAUCCAAACAAGCUAAAGGAACCUUUGACCGGAGAAAGUGAUCAAACUUUACAGCAGUUCUUGGCAGACAAAAGAUGCAUCCCAUGUCUUAUGAAGAUUCCUGAUUUCUACCCUCAAGGCAUUCAAUGGCACAGGUCAGAGAGAAAAAUGAUCAGUCCGACCGAAACUGUGCUUCCUACCAAGGUUAACAUACUAGCUUCCGGUGCAACCAUACCCUUUCCCAAGAAGACUGUUCCAAAUACCCUCCUGUGUAAUCUAGGAGUUAAAGAACAUCCCAACAUCAACAAUACCCUUGAACAGAUGGCUGUAGUUACGAGAUGUCAUGGCAAAGUCGGAACCUCUGAUAGAUCAAGGAAACUGGAGAAGAUGGUUCAUGGUGUGUACAGCUUGCUUUCAACGGCAAGAAAGGAAGAGGAAGUGAUACUGAAGCUGACAACACAGUUACCUGCAUGUAUUUGGACUGGAACAGGAUUUGUGGAAAUUCAUCGGGCAAUCCUGUCAAGCCGUGAAAAUGCUUUUCACCCUUACAUUUCUUCCAUACCUCAAGAAUUCAGUACCAAGUAUGAACACCUUUUCCUAGCUCUUGGAGUCAAGAAAUGUAUAUCAAAAACGCAGGUUCAUGAGAUCAUCAUACAGAUUCAGAAGAGCGAGCCAAAGUUGGGUUCUGUGGAAAAGCGGAUGGAAUUCUGCAGAGAAAACAAACGUGUAGUGCAAAAGGCACUGAUACUCCUAGACGAGAUAUGCGAAGGUGAUCUUUCCCAGGAGUCCCAAAACAUUCUGGUACCAACCAACAAAGAAAACUUCCUGGAAUUGGUUGACCCUAAGUGCUGUGUUUUUGAAGACGUCAAGGGUCGCGGGGAUUCAGAUGAAGUUCAAGAGAAGCUAAAUGAAGACAACAUCUUCAUCGUUGAUGGGACAUUGCCUAUUGGCAUUGUUCGCGCUUUGGGAAUUCUACCCCUUGGCCAGAAGAUUCUUGCUGCCGAAGAAUUGACUGGGAUAGAACAAGCAGGUCAGUAUGAACCACUUACCACAAGACUGAAGAACAUCAUUAAAGAUAGCUACCUGGAGAGUUCAAUCCCGAAAGAAAUGAUUCAAAAUGCGGAAGACGCGGGAGGAACAAAGGUACACUUCAUGUUGGAUCUUCGGCAAAAUUCAGAAGCACGUUCAAGCUUGUUUGACAAGGGCAUGGGUGAUUGUCAAGGGCCAGCUUUGUGGGUGUACAAUGAUGCAUCUUUUACACCCGAUGAUUUUCAGAACAUCACAAAGCUUGGCGGUGCAACGAAAGAACUUGACACGUCUAAGAUUGGGCGCUUUGGGCUUGGCUUUAACUCUGUUUACCAUCUGACAGAUGUACCCAGCUUCCUGAGUAGACAGUACUUGCAGGUUUUUGAUCCACAUGCGACUCAUCUUGCAUCCAUGCUAAAAAGCAAAGAAAGUCCUGGUAUCAGGAUAAAUCUGCAAGGGAACAACAACGCCAUUUCCAUGUUCAAAGACCAAUUUGCGCCAUACGAAGGUGUUUUCAAAUGUAGUCUGCAAGAAAGCAAUGGGAAUGUUUGCUACGAUGGCACACUAUUCCGGUUGCCUCUUCGCUCUAGACAUGCGGCAUUGAGAGGUGAGAUCUCUGAAGAACAUUACGAUGAAGAUAAGUGCAAAUCACUACUCACUGAUCUGUGGCGCUCUUCUGAAGAUUUAUUGGUAUUUACCAAAAAUAUUCAAGAAGUCAAGGCUUUUGUGCUACUGCCUAAUGCAAAUCAUCCAUCAGAAUCCAGACAACUGUUCGCAAUUGAGAAAGAGUCUGAGAGCGGUCGUGAUAUCAUGGCAGAAUUCAAGCAGAGUGGAGGAAAUGUCAAAAAACUGAAUCAAAUCACACCUUUGGUCAAACGAGAAUGUGUUGUGCGAAGCAUAACUUCCUAUGGAAAGAAAUAUCUGCAGAUUCACGAGAAGCCGAGAAAACAGGUGCUGAUGUCAGUUACAAGUGUAGGAAGAACGUCAGCACACAAAAUGUGGAAAAGUCCACAAGGAAAAAAGUCGGGAUUGGCUCCUGUAGGUGGUGUGGCAGUAAAGUUACCGUUGUCUGGGAAUGUAGAUGGUAAACUCUACAGUGGCUUGCCUCUCUCAGUACCACAAAGUCACCUACCUUGCCAUUGUAACGGAUUCUUUGCCAUUUCCGCAGACCGUCGAAAUCUCUGGAAACCCUCGAGCGACUCAGAUUCAAACUACUUCACAAGAUGGAAUGAUGCUGUUUUCGAAGAUAUCAUAUCAGAGGCCUACGUGACUCUGCUGGCAAAUCAAGAAUUUCAGUGUCAGGUAGCACGAAUGCCGAAAAAAGUACGCAUUUCUGGCGUAAAUAGUUCCCCGGACAACUUCUACCGGUUGUGGCCUGAUGGAUCUAACAUUACCCCAGGCAGUGAUGGCUAUGCUAUGCUAAAGGGAUUCUACAACAUAUUGGUAGCCUCUGAUUCACAUGAUGCAAAUAUAUUCUGGGAAGGAGAGAGGACGUGGUCAUUCAAAGAGGCCAUCUUUAUUGAUCCACUACUACUGGAAUCACCACACGUUGCUUCAGCAGUAAAGAAGGUCCUUCAGAUGCAACACACGAAGCGAAUAGUUACCGAGAUUCCAAAGGAGAUACGAUCUACUCUAGAAAAGCUGGGAUUUGGGGAGGAAUUGAAGAGACAAACGUGUUUGGAGCACGCAUUCUUCCAGAAAGAUUUUCUGCCAAAGAUAUCUGUCUUCCAAUCCGAGGUACGAGAUCAUCUGAUUCACUACUGUUUGUCGGACGUUGAAUUACGGGAGAAAUUGAGAACCAUCGCCUGUAUUCCAACUUCACCAGAUGGAAAGAACUUGAAGAGGCCAGCGGAAUUGAUACACCCGACUGGAAGAGCAAGUAUCCUUUUUGCAGAGGAAGAUAGACGGUUCCCUUACGGAAGCUUUGCCAAUUUGGACUGCUUUCAUUUUCUGGUGCAUUUAGGAAUGGUACAAGAUGACAUAUCUGGCAUUGAUUUCAUCAAAUGUGUACAUAAAUUACAGGGCAAACCUAUUAACUAUAGGCAUGAUCGCGUACUAGUCGAGUACCUCACUUACAGACUGAAGAAAGAGAAUUCUUCAUGGGCUAAGGACGUAAGCCUUCGGAAUCAACUGAACAACAUAGCCUUCAUUCCUGUCACCUACAGGAAUUCUCAUAUGAGAAAAGCUUCACGUGAUACCAUAUAUGUGUCUGAAAAACUGUCACUGGUCAGCGAAGUUGCCCCAGUUCUAGACGAAAGUAAAUUCCGGGUUUCCUAUCAGGUUCAGAGAUUUCUUGGAAUAGUCCAAGAUCCAGCAGUGGAUGUUGUAUUGCAACAACUUCAAGCCAUCAGCAGGAGACCAGAAAAUGUUGAAAAACUUCCCAGUGUUUGCCAAGAUAUCUAUAGAUUCCUUGACUUACGAGUGAAGAAAGGAAAUGACAAAGCCCAGAUUCAAGAAUUCUUCCACUCACCUACAACAAAGGAGUGUCUAUUGGUUGAUAAAAUGUUCAGGAGUGCUGAUCAUCUGGCAUUGGAAUUUGAGGAAGAGUAUGUUGGAUCCCACCUGUUUCGUGUCCCCUCCAAUUUGCGCGGCUUCGGUGCCCUCUUGUCAACCAUCGAUAUGAAAAGACGAUUCUCAACACGUGACUUCUUGUCCACUCUGAAGUGCAUCCAUGACUCAACUUCCGGAAAGCUGAAAAAAAGGGAGUUUGGAGAAGUUAUGAAACUCCUGAAAUGUCUGAUCAAUGCUCCAUCGGAAGAUUCGUUGGCAAUGCACGAAGUGCCUCCAAACGAUAUCUAUGUUCCCGAUAUCAACCGUUUCCUGAGAACCGCUGAUGAGCUUUCUUUCUGCGACGUAGACUGGAUUUCAGUUCCAGAUGAUGUCAUAACAGCUCACGGUGAUAUUCCUCUUACUAUGGCGAAGAUACUUGGAGUGCGGGAUAUUCGACAACACAUCAUCGAAAGCUACUCCGUGGAUGUCCCUGGCCUUGGCCCACACACACUCGAAGCACAGAAUCUGUUGCAGUUUGGACAGCGUGAACCCCUGACAGAGAGAAUAAAAAAUAUUCUCAAGGGCUACCCUUGCGAUGAUACAAUACUGAAAGAACUUGUGCAGAAUGCGGAUGAUUCCUGUGCCACGGAAGUGCACUUAGUUCUUGAUGUCCGUACCCAUCCGAAAGACCGCCUCUUUAGAGAUGAAAUGUCCCAUUUGCAAGGUCCUGCUCUCUGUGUAUACAAUAACAAAUCAUUUACUGAUGAUGACAUAGAGGGAAUCCAACGACUUGGAGUGGGUAGCAAAAGGAACCUGUCCUCAAAGGUUGGAAGAUUCGGUGUAGGCUUCAACGCGGUUUAUCACCUAACCGACUGCCCAAGCUUCUACACAAACGGCGAUACGCUGGGAAUGUUUGAUCCAAAUGUCAAGUAUGUACCUAAAGCUACUAAAGCGUAUCCAGGCUUCAUGGCCAAACCAACUGGCAAACUGAAGGACGAUUUCCCCAACGUUUUCAACUGCUACCUGCCCGAGUUCUUCGAAGGACAGGGUUCAACUAUGUUCCGAUUGCCCUUACGCACAAAAUCCAUGGCAAAGGUAUCUCACAUAUCUUCGGAGGCACAUGAUGUUAAAAGCGUAAAGGGACUGAUGCGGAAAUUCAAGGAAGGUCUACCUGACCUGCUCCUUUUCCUUAAACAUGUUAAAAAGGUCAGCAUAUCCACCAUUGAUAAACAUGGAAACAUGAAGGAUAUCUCAAGCGUCCAGGCAAGCAUCUCAGAAUCCAACCAACUAGAUUUAGAUGCAUUUCUCUCUACAACAUCGGCUGAAGAAACUGAUCCAGUGACUGGGGUCUCAAAGUCCCUUGAAGACAUUCCAGUAACAGAAGUACAUUAUGAUAUGAGAGUCACUGUAACAGAACAACGAGCGAAGUGCGAGAACACGCAAUCAGAGGACUGGCUAAUUUAUCAGCAGCAUGGUUUUGCAAAACCAAACGAAGUCCCUGAUACUGUGUUGGAUGCAUAUAAUAGUGGAAAUCUGCAUGUCUUGCCACAGGGCGGAGUCGCGCUACCUUUGGGUAAACGACUAAUUCCAUUGAAAGCAUACAGUUUCCUUCCCCUUCCUAUAGACACUGGUCUCCCUGUCCAUGUCAAUGGCUCUAUUGAGUUAGAUGAACGAAGGCGGGACAUUUGGAGAGAUAAAGGAGACGCCCGGGCACAGUGGAAUCGUCAACUCAUGAAGCAUAUCGUUUCACCUGCAUAUGUCAAGGCACUUUGUUGUCUUCAGGCUAAAAUCGUGACUCGGAUCGAAGAAUCAAACGACGAAUCUGAAAUGCAAGACAUUGUAUCGUCAUAUACGGCGUUUCUUCCUGUUACAGCAGAGAACAGCUUCUGGAAAGAACUCAUAGAAGACAUUUACAGAACCAUUGCCGACUCCGCCAAGCCAAUAUUCCCUUCCAUUAGGCGAAGUGUAUCGUACAACAGAGAUUUUGAUGGCACCGAUGGAGUCAACAACAUAAGAACUCUAGAAUGGAGGACACCACUUGCAGAAUCACAAGUACAAGGCUUCUUCGACUCUCCAAUCAGAAUGGAUCUGAGCCUUAGGUCGGUUGUGUCAGAUCUUGGAUUUCCUCUAAUUGAAUGCUCCCAUAAUGUGCAUACAAGAUUUUCAGACAGCUUGCAAGAUUGCCGAAAAGGGGAUAUUCUUGAAAUCACCCCUGCUCGCUUGAUCAGUCAUCUCUCCAGCAAUGCAGUAGAAGAUGUAGGAUUAUCUCCAAUGGAACUGCCGAAGCAACUUUCCGACACGGUUAUACAGGAUACACCCACUUUACGAGUCAUUUUGAGCUACUGCUCACAAUGUGAUAACUUCAAGGAAAAUGUUGAGGCUCUUCCUCUUCUAGUAACAUCAGAUGGAAUUCUAAGAACGUUCUCAACUGAAACUCCGGUAUACAUUACCAGAUUUGACUACCUCUUUCCAUCCAGUAAAAGCAAAUUCCUGAGUAGAUCAAUAAGGAAAUACUUCAAUGAGGAUUUUGAUGUGAUCUGCCAUUUUGAUAUUCCAUGUGUUGCUUCUUUGAUGAGGGAGGAACUAUGUCCUAUCAAAUUCGAAUGCAACCAAUACGUUCGAUGGGACAAGUUGGAACCGACAGAGAGGUGGAUCACCGGACUAUGGGAAUGUCUGGCUACAUGCAGAGAUCCUGAUGAGUUAACGUGUCUUUCGAAGUGGAGCAUUCUUCCAUGCCGCAAGAAUGGAGAUAUGGGUGUAACCCACCACCUGGUACCAUUUUCAAAAGCUACUUCUGUGAUGUAUAAGCUAAGUGGUAUGUCUCAGAUACUUGCGGCUUUGAGUUCACUUGGGGUUUCUGAAGUUGAUUGGAGUCUAAACUUUAAGGAAGCAGAACAACUUAUCACUAAGAUUGUCGCGCACGAGGAUCGACCUGAUGCAGUGCUUGCAGUGUUCAACCACGUCAUUCAAACAAAUGCCAGUCUGUUCGAUAGGUUGACAACCGCCCAGCGUGACCAUAUCUUGCAAUACUUGACAACCCAUAUGCCAGAGAGACUGGUGGAAAAUGGCGACAACAGAAGGAUCAUUAUGAAUCUUCCUUGCUAUGAACAGUUAGACGGGACAUAUGUUUCACUUUCACACACGUCCACUGUCUAUGUGGUAAGAGCAGAUCUACCUCGUGAAGAGAUGGAAAGUGGAUGGCUGAAUUCAAUGAUAUUUUCCUACGUGAAAAUGUCGGCUUGAAAGAGCUUUUCAAG